AUGAUGAUAUUAUCGUUGAUUGUAUUUUUAUUUUUGGUUCAUCUACCUAAUUUAAAAGAAGACCAACCUUCCCUUAUUUCAUCACCUUCUUCUUUGUGCAAAAUAUUGUCUGAAAAGAUUAUUCUUCGUCCAUUCCAACUUCCAGUGUCAAUAGGUUCUGGUAUUCAACAAAUGUUAUAUGUUGGAAUUCGUUUUAGUGUUCAAUUGAAAUUUAACAGACAACUUGUUGACAGUUCAGAUGGUGGUUAUUUUGCUUUAGAUUGGUUAGACCAACCAGACUUACCAGAUGAUGCUCCAAUUAUAUUAGUUUAUCAUGGCCUUGCUGGUGGUUCAAGAGAAUCAUAUGUUGAACGUUUUUGUUACUAUGCUUCAAAAAAGAAUUAUCGUAUGUGUGUGUUUACUUGUCGUGGAUGUGCGGGGACAUUAAUUAAAACGCCUCGAGCAUACUCAUCUACAAAUUUGGAUGAUUCAAUUACUUCAUUUAAAAUAAUUCAUAACCAAUACCCUAAAGCCCCAAUUAUGACUAUUGGAUAUAGUCUUGGAGGAAUGAUUUUAACACAAGUAGUUUGUAGAUUAACAAAUGAGUUCAUCAAAGAAGUAAAUUAUUUAGGAUGUAUUGCUGUAUCUCCAACGUGGGACUCUUUGAUAAUUUCUGACUUAGUUCCACAACUGUUUAUGGAGAACUUUUUUAAAUCACUUCAGCGAAUUAUUGUAAAGAAUGUUGAUUUAUUGAUAGGCGCAGUAAAGAAUAAAGUAAUUAAUGUUGAUCUUCAAGUGUUAUAUAAACAAGCCACAAGAAAGAAUAUAUUAGGAUUUGAUAAAAAUUUUAAUUCUAAAAUAUUUAAAUAUGGAAGUUAUGAAACAUAUUAUUAUGAUAUAGAACUUUGGUACUCUUUAUUAGCACGUUCUAAAGUUCCUUUCCUCACAUUCAAUUCACAAGAUGAUCCUAUUGCAAUAUCAAGUAAAGGAAGUCGAUCAAGAAUAUCUAAUGCCAUUCAUGCUUCUUCAAACACAAUCUCUAUUUUCACUCAAACAGGAGGACAUUUGGGGUGGGUUGGAAAGAAAAAGGGGUCAGCUGGAUGGGAUGAUUCUGUUGCAUUACAGUAUUUUGAUGCAUUAGUUGAGUUAAACAAAACUGGAGAAUUGGAAAAUCUCAUUAAUCAAAAUUAA